GGCACAUUGCGUCGCUUUUCAUUAUGGCCACCCACUGCAGUUUGCAAGCUACAUCCAUGUGUCUUCCUGAAGAGACCGUUUGGCCCUUCAUCAGACCAUCCGGUAGGUGUGGCUCCGUUCGUUGGACAACGAAUGAGAGCACACCUACAGAAGGCCCAACAAAGGGCGAAACGAAGUGUCAAACACUGUCCCACCGGCCUCUCUCUCUCUCUCUCUGUGUGUGUGCAAACGUCGCUCGCUGCAGUCCCAGACAAGCCUGUCUGUCUGCCCACCCACCCAUACAGACAUCAUUUCCCCUCGACAGCAAUCGAUCAAUCAGAGCCCCUCUUGCCUGCCGCCGGCCUGUGUGACAUCUGACGGCUGCUGUUGCUGCUGCUGUGUGAGUGGGUGGGGUAUAGGGCGCGCAGCGGCCGUGUCGAUAAGCGCCCGGGAGCGGAGCCGUCGCAGGGGGUUGGGGCGGGCCGAAUCUGAAUGACACAGAGAGAGAGAAAUAAGACAAACGGGCGUGCUUGCUUGAGAGUGCUCGUGUUGUGCGCGUGUGUAUGUGUGUGUGUGCGUGUAUGGUGGGUGGGACCACCUACACACCUCUGGCCUGUGUCUCAUCGUCUUCCUCCUCAUCCAUGCCGUCGUCAUCCUCAAGACCCUCAGUCGACUCCAAUGCUGGAUCCUUGUGCAACCUGCAAACACACCACACACAUACAUGGAUGGAAGGAUGGAUGGAUGGACCACAUCGUGUGUGUUGGCUGACCGGUAAAGGAACACGCCCAGUAUGAUGGCCGCCGACGAGAGGGUCGCCAGGUAGUCAAACGGGUCGAGCGGCCUGAUUUGAUUGAUGGAUGGACCACGCCGCACCACACCACACACACACAAUAAAGUGUGUGAGAUUGGAUAUGCAUAACUCAUCUCACCUGACGACAAAGAAGGUGAUGAAGGCCGCCAGCGCGCCAACCGACGACACGGCACCCAACGCAACGAUGCCAUCUGACCACACACACACACACACACACCACACCACACACCAUCGGGCCGUUUCUCCCUCCCUCCUCCCCUCCCUCUCUCCCUCAGUGCUUUCUCACUGACGCAUUGAUUGCAUGGCCAUUGUCGAGCUGUAGUAGAGCAACACGUGUGAGAGCAGCAGCAGCCCCACGAAAUCCCGGGCAGUGCGGCACUCGCCAGGCUUGAGCGACAGCAUGCUCUGCAGCACAUCACCGCCCGAUAGCGAAGGCGGUGAUGGAGGGGGAGAGGGGGCGGGAGGGGCCGGGGCGGUCGUCACGGGCGACGGCUCGGGCGGAUCAAUGCCCCCUACACAGACAGACAGACAGGCAAGACGGUCCCUUAUCGAUAGGCGCGAGUGCGUCUGCCCCUAUGUGUCUGUCAUUCUCACCGACAAGGCACAUGAAUGCAUCCCGAUAAAAUAGCUGUGGCGACAUCAGAUCGCCCGUGUUGGCCUCAUCGCCGGCACCCAAUAAAGCCCGACGAAGCGACACAAUGGAAGCAAUAACAUUAUUGUUGGGCGGGGAGGAGGGGCCGGGAGGAGCUGGGGGCGGGGUGGUGGUUGCAGGGGUAGGUGCGGGCGGGUGCACAUGGUGGCCCGUGUGCAGGUGCUGCUGCAGGUACAGGCCGGCAGGGAGGAAGGCGAACGACCACAGCAGCUGGAUGAGCGAUAUCAGCGCGUGAAGACACCGGGGGUCGGCGGGCUGCGGCGAGUGCAGCAGGGCCACUUCCUUCCAGGCGCCCGAGAUGACGGUCAGGCAGCCGGCGAGGAUGUAGAGGUAUGACGACCAGUGGGAGGGGCACGUGGUGGUCGUCUUGGCCCGCGCCCAGGGCACCACAUUGAUGGCGAUGCCCAAAAGGAUCAACAGCGCGCCGACGUAGUGGACGGCACGGUACCUAGAAUACGGGGAGGCCGCUGGUCAGUCAUGUGCCUUGCCAUUCUCUCUCUCUCCCUCUCUCUGUGUGUGGGGUAUGUUAUGGUUACUUCCUCUGGUGCAGACAUGCGUUGAUGAACAGCUGUAUGGGAAUCCCCACCUGCAGCGACGUCACCGUCUGCCACCCAGGCAUGAUGCUGACACAAGAGCAUCGAAGCAGUCAGUCGCAUCCAUGAGUUGAGUGAGUGCAUCGGACGGCGUGUUGGCUACCCUGCCGGCACAUAGAAGAGUAUGGCGGCGAUGCAGUCGAUAAGGCCCCACAUGAAGAGCGACACGCCCGACAAGUUGUUGGCGGACGGACGGGGGAACGACGUCGCAGCACCUGGCCACCACCCACACACACAGAAGCACUCUCGCAUAAAGAGCCGGGAAGGGGUGUGCGGUGCAGCUGGCUCACUUUCUGCGAUCUCUCUGAAGAAUUCCCUGACUGAGUGCAUGGCGGCGCGCCAUCUCGCCCUGCCCCCCGCCACCAGCGGAACACGCCGCGAAGUCGCGGCAUCUCUCGGCUCAGGCUGAUGCUGGCAUACACGCAGAAUAAAAUGUCACACCGAUGCCACAAUGCCUCUUUGUCCAUUCCCGCACUAACCAGCACAGCGACCAUGUCCGAGCUGCCACCUUCGACUUGGUUCACAGAGGCCAGGUCGGUGAAGUCAGCUUCCCCGUCAGCUCGUCGAUCUGGCGAGGGGAAACCUGUUGUGGGCUGGACAGUGGCGUGCCGCUCCGUGUGCAGGGGCAGCCGCCGCCUGUGCACGCGGACGAAGGCCACCAGGCAGCCGCUGAGAAGACCGAGAGGGAUGUGCACCAGACACACCAGCUGCCUGACAGACCAACACAAGAUAGAUGGAUGGAUGGACUGUGUGUGGGUGUGGUUGGUUCCCGCCUCACAUGACAACAUAUCUGUAGUGCCUCGCCGUCGAGCAGGCCUCCUUGAAGAACACCCGCUCGCCCCAGCAGAAAGCCACCACCCCUGCCAGCGGCACCCACUGCUUGACCACCUUCUUGAGGUAGCGGCCGCUCAGCACACGGGCAGGCAGCCGCCCAACGAUGUUCCUCCGGGGCCGAAUGUGCCACCAGGUGGGCUGGUGGAAGUACCGCCGCACGCCGUUCAGCCCGCUGGGCAGCUCAUCGCUCUGCAGCCAUGACGCAGUGCUGCUCGUCAGGUCGGUCGGGCGGGUCUUCAGAGGCACAUCGCCGCUGCCUUCGCUCUCGUUGAGCCGCUCGUCAGCUGUGAAUGAGCCGUUGUUGUAGGCGAACGACACAUCCGUCGAUUGCGCAGUGAUGCCAGAGGUGUUUGUCGACUGAGCUGCUCGAGGCUCCAUCUGGGCGAGAGGGGAGAGAGUGAGGAAUGGACGCAAAGGUAAGAUGGUCGAGGAGGCUUCAGAGAGCCCAGACGUCCUCAGGCAAAGCCUUCACGCUCAGGUGUCAUCACAACAGUUCUUCCUGAUGAUGAAACGGAGAAAAGAAAGGAGAUGAGAAACUUCUGGAUGCAUGCUUGAGUGAAGUCGAGUCAUUCUCAGCCUCGUACCCCUCCUGUUUGCAACCUGUGUUUUCGCAUCGGUACUCAGCGGCAAAAAUUAGUUGCGAUCCGAGACGGGCAGUAACUCUCCGCGAGGCAGUGUUCG